UGAUCAGUGACGUCAUUGACAUGCGCCGGUGCAACUCUCGAUGGUUGGUGAUCAUAAAAACACGUGCCUUCACCCUUCAUACAUUUAACCCAGGUAGAAAACUGGUUUUGUUGCUGUUUUUCUAAUAACUUUUGGCUAUCAAUUAGCUACGGAUGACUUGCAAAAACAGGGACCGAAAACUGAACUAACAGAUUUGUCGCUCGGUGAAGUUGUCUCUGCGAGCGCCCGCUAAGCAUGUUUGUUUACUUGGGGAAUCCGGAAGGGCCUGAGGCUGCCUGCAAAUGCUAACGCGCCCGCUAGCUCCAUUGUGCAACGUUCGUUCAUCUGACAGUGUUGACCUUGCAGCGGGUAAGAUGGCUAAUAUACGUUAUCAAUACAGCAACAGUCGAUUGAACUUUAUGGCUGCAUUAGGGUCCUGAUUGAACACACACACCAUGGCAACUGAGGCUGCAGUCUCCACCCCUGGUCGUCCUGCAAUCCCCAACCACUCUCAGGGGGACUAUCACUUUGUCCGCUCAUUCGUAGCUGGAGGUGUAGCUGGAUGCUGUGCCAAGUCCACCAUUGCUCCUCUGGACAGAGUAAAGAUCCUACUGCAAGCCCAUAGCCCCCACUACAAAGAUCUGGGAGUGGUAGCCACUCUCCGUGCUGUGCCAAAGAAGGAGGGUUACCUGGGGCUGUAUAAAGGCAAUGGGGCUAUGAUGGUCAGGAUAUUCCCCUACGGAGCCAUCCAGUUCAUGGCCUUCGACAAAUACAAGAAGAUCCUCAGUAAACAGCUGGGCAUCUCUGGACACAUCCACAGGCUAAUGGCCGGUUCUAUGGCAGGGAUGACAGCAGUGAUAUGUACGUACCCUCUGGAUGUGAUAAGAGCCCGUCUGGCAUAUCAGGUGAAAGGACACCAUCGCUACACAGGCAUCGGAAAUGCCUUUCAGACGAUAUACCUAAAGGAAGGAGGCAUCCCUGGCUUCUACAAAGGUCUCAUCCCAACCCUUAUAGGCAUGGCUCCAUAUGCAGGGUUCUCGUUCUUUACCUUCGGCACGCUGAAGAGUCUAGGUCUGGCCCACUUCCCAGAGCUACUGGGGCGACCGUCCUCAGACAACCCAGAGGUGAUGGUGCUGAAGACCCAUGUCAACCUGCUCUGUGGAGGGGUGGCUGGAGCUAUCGCACAGACCAUUUCCUAUCCUCUAGAUGUUGCCAGGAGAAGGAUGCAGUUAGGAGUGGUACUUCCUGAUUCGGACAAAUGUCUAACCCUGACCAAGACUCUGAAGUAUGUGUACAGUCAGUAUGGGAUGAAGAAGGGUCUGUACAGAGGGCUGUCUCUCAACUACAUCCGCUGUGUGCCCUCUCAGGCUGUGGCCUUCACCACCUAUGAGUUCAUGAAGCAAACCCUCCACCUCAACUAGCUGCUCCCUCCCUCCCCAUCCAUCCAACUCCACCCUUCAUCUCUGCCUAGCUGGAUUGGGGCACGUUCACUAAGGCUAAACACUCAAACGUUUAGAGAGCAAAAGAUCUCUAGUAGCGGUCUAUCUCAAAACAGCCUGACCAAGAGCAAUCACUGGGGCUAUACAUUCUGAGAUGUUUAAGAACUUCCUUAGGAACUCCCUGCAUCUCAACACAACCUGACCGGGGAACUUCCUUAGGAACUCCCUGCAUCUCAACACAACCUGACCGGGGAGCUAUAAAUUGGACAACAUUUUUCUGAACGUCUUUCAGUGCUCUGAAUAUUUCUUAUUAGAUGUGUUAAUUUACCCUAGUUAACCUUUUCUGUUUUAAGGAGGUCGGCUUCCGCUUGGAGGUAUUGAACUCUGCUACCAGAGGAGGCCAUUGAGGCUCAGCCACUGGAGCCACGCUGAGCCCAGUCGCUCUUUGUUCCAGUCGGAAAGCAGAUGAAGGCACUGGGCCCCAUGGCAAUGCCUCAAACAACUGGCAGUGCCAAUCCAGUGCCCCUGUCUGUUCUCAGCUCCUGCUUUUGUGAUUCUCCCUCUUAUGUCGCAACUAUUGCCAUGGAUACCUAUGGACAAUGACUCCCUCUGCUUCGAUGAGUGGCUAUGUGCAAUGAACCCCUAACAACUGUCGUUGGUAAUGGCAUAGCAACCCAAUUCUGUACACUGCCUCCCACCCUACCUAAGAAGUCACACAGACAAUAACGGAGGGGAAAGUCACACUGGGCAAUCUGCCUUAACAUAAUCGGAGGUCUUCUUUUCCUCAUGUACCUACCUGACACUUGUGAGUACAAACCUAGACACAUAAAAUAAUGAGACAAGGAUUUAAAUGUGUAAUAUGUCCGUUUUUAUAAGAGUUAUAGGACAACUCCUACAUUUUAUGAGAAUUAAGAACACUCUCCCCAAGCUUGUGUUUAACACAGAACUGUGCUUUUUGAGCAUCCUGAGUUUAGUAGAAUCCAAAUGAUAAAAUCCCAAAACAUCACAUUCAGUUUGUUCAAAACUGAACAUCAAAUGAUAUUAUUUUGAUGGUCUCCCAAAAGUCUCAUUGUCGGACAUUGAAACAGGUUUGCCCCAUGCAGUUUAACAGAUAUGGUGUGUAUCUGUAGGAGUGUUGUCUUUGGUGUUGACGUGUUUGUGUCCAUUCAGGGUUUAGUGUGUAGUAAGUCUCUUCUCUACUGUGCAGGUUUGGGGUCCAAUGCCUUGUUGUAUACAAGUUGCUAUUUAUGUAUUGUGUUCCUAUCCACAAAGCCUCUGUGCACUUUGCCAAUAUUUUACCCGUGUAACUAACAGAUCUAUAUAGAUAGAUAUCUAUCUAUAUAUCUAAUUGCAACAGAGACAUAGGACACAUAGUGUCUGAAAUGCCACCCUAUUCCCUAUAUAGUGCACCAGUCCGGCUCUGGCCUAAAGUAGUGCACUAUAUAGGGAAAAGGGCAUCAUCUUGGACAUAACCAUGGCUGCCAGUCAGUUUUUACUUUAACCAGGCCAGCUUGUCAUUGGCUACGACGUGACAAUGUUGGGUACAAGGCAGUGGUGUAGCGUGCAGAAACAGUCAUGUUCUCGGGCUAAUGAUGCUGUGUACCUACCCGAAGAGGAUAUCCGUUGAGGAAAGGGUCUAGCAGGGUUGCAAAAUCCAACUUUCCCAGAAAUUCCAUUUGGAUGAUUUUGAUAUUGUUCCUGUGAGAUGACAAUGAACUGAGGUAGGCUAUGGGCUGACCGUGGUGGUUUUAACAAGUUGUGUUUUCUUUACCUCUUGCCUACAUUUCCCUGUGUUCAGGUGUGUGUUGUGGGGUGUAGAAAGCAUUUGUCAGCUACUGAUCUAGACACUAGUAUUAAAAGAUGUGCUAUAUAAUGUAUCCUAUGUAAGAGUUGCUAUGUGGUUUAAGCACCCAAAUGGAAACCUGAGUUAAGUACUUCAAGGGGGGAAAAAACUAGCACGUUGGAGCCUUUGGCUUUUUUGUGUUUAUUUAUGAAAGUGUAGUGUGACUGUGGCCACAAGGUGUCCACGAUGAGUCAGUAAUACGUUUACCGACAACGAUCAUUUGUAGCCUGCCCUGCAUAUAACUGGACAUUACCAUGCUGAAGCCUUCAUAACCACUACUACAGCGACGUAUGUAUUCUGAUCUGUCCAUGUAUCAUCAUGAUGACUUUGGAUAUGUCAUUUUCCUCUUGGUUUGAAUGUACAUUGUGCAGCAUCUGUGUUCUGUACCCGUAUUCAUGAAGUGUCAGUUUAGCCUUUUCGAUCAUAAUGAAUAAGAGGGGGAUCUGAUGUCAGUACUAGUGCUUCAUGACAAUAUGCUCUGUUCUUCUCUUGUUUAGCAAAAUGAUGUAAGGAAGUCAUAAGAAUCAUAAUGCACAUCUCACUGGUCUCAAGUCACUUCCUUUCCCAAUCUACUGUACUUUCCGUCACCUGCACUGAACGAGCUGGAUAGGUAAAAGCUACUUCCUGGUAGGCACAUUGUUUUCCCAGACUUAUUCCACUUAAAAAAAUAACUGCUAUUUUUGAUUAAUAAAAGUUUAAAUUCGCUAUUCAGAAAAGUCCCUCUCCCACUAGAACAGUGUUGCCCAAACUCUGUCAUUGGGUCCCCAAGGGGUGCACAUUUAGUUUUUUGCACUGCACAGCUGAUUCAAAUAAUAAACAAAUCAUUAAGCUUUGAUUAUUUAAUCUGCUGUGUAGUGCAGGGGCAAAAACCAAAACAUACCCAGGACCGAGUUUGGGAAACGCUGCGCAAGAAUGAACAAUAUUGAUAGGACAGGCGCUUGUCAGUCACAAUGUGAGCGAUGACAGGGAAACACUGCUGGUUUGGCAAUCUGCUGUCUGUCUCACCUCCAGGUACCUGUGGGAUUUGUGUGCGCUGUGGUUGAUUUGAAGUCAAAUUUCUUUACAGAUAACAAGAUGCGCCUUCAUCGUGGUAACGAUGAGUCGAAAUCCACUGAGCCUAAUUAUUGUUUUCUUGCCAAUUUUAUUUUGUGUGUUUCCUAUAGCCAGCCACGGAAUCGUGAUGCAUAGGCUAUUUACCGUGCUUUGAUUGACGACCGAACAGCAAAUGUUGACGUGUCAAACUGACUGAAUAAAAGUGAUCAC